AAGACACUCAACAUUAGUUCAGUUGCUUUGCUCAAAAGCUCUACAAUCUUAAUAUUCUUACUAAAUUCCAGUUUUUCACUAAUUGUCAUGACGGAUAAUGCAAACCAAGUAGAAGGAGCAGGAGGAGGAGCAGGAGCAGCGGUGGUAGCAGAAGAGAAAGUUGCAAAGGAAGCAUCGAUUCCGGAGAACAUGAAGAAAGGCAAGCUCCUCGGAAUGAAGCACAUUUCAGGGUUGUUAUCGAUCUUCACCUUCGUUCUUUCCCUCCCGAUUCUUGCAUCUGUCAUGUGGCUUCUAUACAUGAGGGACUAUGACUGCGAAGUGCUAUUGAGAUUGCCAAGAUUGCAGAUUGGGAUUGGGAUUGCAUUGAUCUUCGUCUUCCUGGUAAGCAAUGCCACUCUCAUCUUGAUCAGAACACGGCUUCCAAUGGUGGGAGUCAUGUUGGUGAUGGUACCGCUGCUGCUGAUGCUCACGAUGGGUCUUGCCUUCGUUGGAGCUUUCAAAAUGGAGAGCAGGCGGAUGCCGGCUUCCCCUAUGUGGCUCAAAGCCAAAGUUCAAAACAACAAUAAAUGGAAUGACAUUAAAUCGUGCAUUUACGAUUCUGAAACCUGUGAGGAAAUGGCCAUCACAUCAAUGCAGCUCAGCCCAUACGCUUUCUCCAUGCGGAAAUUGACACCCAUAGAGUCUGGAUGUUGCCAACCACCUCCUUUCUGCGGAAUGGAAGCCUUAAACACUACAUUUUGGGUGGAGAAAGAUCAUGCAAGGAGCAGAAAUCAUCCUUUUGACACAGACUGUGAUACAUGGAGCAACAAUAGAAACAUCUUAUGCUAUGAUUGCCAAUCUUGUAGAGAAGGAUUUCUGAGUACAAUACAGAGCAAAUGGAGGAAGCUUGGAUUGUUUAUGGUUAUCAUGGCUGUUCUGCUCAUUGUUUCUCACUUAUCUGUGUUCCUGGCAACCAUGUGGGAGAAAUUAGAAUCCUAGCUAGCUGGAGGAAAGUUGAAGUGCUGUGUUUUUGCUUUGGAUAUCUUUUCUUUUUCUUUCUUCAGUUAGGAUAUGUUUGGGUUUUGUUAAGCUUGCUUUAGUUUUCUGCAGUUCAGACUCAGAUAACAAAGAUUUUGAUUUUGU